ACACUGUCACUGUGACACACCAGUGUGUGUCCAUCCUUCGCCCCUGGAUUCCCAGGCAAGAUGUGUCGUCUGUUAAUCAUCUCAGUGAAACACAUGUCCACAGUGUAAUAUGGUUGCCUGAGGACAUUUAUUUUUUUCUCUUUCGUUUUAUUUUUUGAUUUGCCAAAAGACUGUAAUUGUAUCUGAAGCUGUCAAAUGUCAGGCCUGCAGAUUCUGGCUUUUCUCGGCGGUGUCGCCGGGCUGGGAGCCACGAUCGCCGCCACGGUGUCAAAUGAAUGGAGGGCCACCAGCCGAGCAUCCUCAGUCAUCACAGCAACCUGGGUGCUCCAGGGUCUGUGGAACAACUGUGCUGGAAAUGCCAUUGGAGCUCUGCACUGCAGACCGCAUCAUACUAUCCUAAAUCUAGAAGGUUACAUCCAAGCCUGCAGAGGACUGAUGAUUGCAGCAGUCUGCUUGGGGUUUAUCGGGUCUGUGCUUGCCCUCGUGGGGAUGAAAUGUACCAAAAUUGGAGGGAGUGACAAAACUAAAGCCAAGAUUGCUUGCUCUGCUGGCAUAGGUUUCAUUCUUAGUGCCUGGUACUGGUCCAACCUAUGGAAGGACUGUUUCACUGACUCCACAGCUGUCACCAACUGCAGAGACUACGGAGUGCUGUGGAGUGUCCGCUACUAUGUCCAGGCAGUAAGGGGGCUGCUCAUGUGCGGCCUGACUAUUGGAUUCUUCGCGGUGGUGUGCUGCUUUGUGGGGAUGGAGUGUACUUAUAUUGGUGGAGCCGAUAAAACCAAGGACAAACUGGUGCUGUCAGGAGCAGUGUUCCACGUUUGCGGCGUGAAUUUUUCCUUCUGCGUGGUGCAGCGGAACAGUAAGCGCGGAACUAAGGGCCAGGCACAACGGUGUCCCAUAUUUUCUAGAGUUUGGAGUUGUGAUUUCUCCAUCCAGCAGCUGAGCAGCAGCAUCGACAUGGGCUACAGGACGGUGGUCAUGUACAUGGAAAUUGGCUGCUUCGUUGUCUGUGUGAGUGGAUGGAUCCUCGUCUGUUCCACCAUGCCAACUGAGAUCUGGACUUGGUCUGAAGUUGGCAGCAUAGUCUUGACGACGUCCAACUACUUCUCUAACUUGUGGAAAGACUGUAUAUCUGAUUCAACAGGAGUCUCUGACUGCAAGGGAAUUCCAUCAUUGCUGGCCCUGAACUGGGACAUUCACAUGUGCCGGGCUCUUAUCAUCAUCUCUAUUGUCCUGGCUUUCUUUGGAUCGAUUCUGGUCUUGGUGGGAAUGAAGUGCACUAAGAUUGGCGGAUCAGAGGUCACUAAUGCAAAAGUCACCUUUGCUGGGGGGAUGAACUACCUCAUUGGGGGAUUGUCUGCCAUGGUUGCUUUCUCCUUUUAUGGAAACCAAAUUAGAGCAAACUUUCAAAACCCUAGACAUGUAGAACAGAAGUUUGAAAUAGGUGUCGGCGUCUUCAUCGGGUGGGGUGGCUCGACUUUACUUAUAGUUGGAGGCCUUAUUUGCAGUAUCUUAGCUGGAAGGGAAGCAUGCGGCUCAAGCCCGGAGACAAACCCUUCCUACCCCGAUUACACGUUUCUGCCAGCAAAAAGGAGUAUCGUGUCCUCGGCUCGCACAGGGAUCAGUGAGAGCCGAAAAUCCAGAGUCACCAGCAGCAGUGAAGCCAGCAGCGUCUCAACCAUCUCCAGAGUUAAAUGUGGCAAGGAUGGAAGUGUGGACAAUCACAUGGAGAUGGGGAAGAAACUGCUCGCUGCUGGUCAGCUAGCAGAUGCCCUGUCUCACUUCCAUGCUGCUGUGGAUGGAGAUCCCAAGAACUACAUGGCGUACUACAGGAGAGCUACGGUGUUUCUGGCUAUGGGGAAGUCAAAGUCUGCUCUGCCAGACUUAAGCAGAGUCAUUGAGCUCAAGCCUGACUUCACAUCUGCACGCCUUCAGAGAGGAAACCUACUUCUGAAGUGGGGAGAGCUGGAUGAGGCAGAGAGUGACUUCAAGAAAGUGCUGAAGUCCAACCCCAGCGAGAAAGAAGAAAAAGAAGCCCAAAGUCAGCUGUUGAAGUCGGAUGAAAUUCAGCGGUUGGUGGCUGAGUCACGCAGCAGCUUCAACAGCAAGGAUUAUGUGACAGCUGUAGCCCAGCUUGACACCAUCAUUGAAACCUGCAUUUGGGAUGCGACAUCCCGUGAGAUGCGAGCGGAGUGUUUUAUUCAGAUGGGAGAGACGGGGAAGGCCAUCAGCGACCUCAAAGCUGCAUCCAAGUUAAAGAAUGACAACACGCAGGCCUUCUACAAGCUCAGCACCCUCUACUACAAUCUUGGAGAUCAUGAAAUGUCCCUCAAUGAGGUGCGGGAGUGCUUGAAGCUGGAUCCUGAUCACAAGCAGUGUUACAGCCAUUACAAACAGGUCAAGAAGCUCAACAAACAGAUCCGGUCAGCAGAGGAACUCAUCCAAGAGCAGAGGUAUGAGGACGCGGUGAGCAAGUAUCAGGCAGUGAUGAAGAGCGAGCCCAACGUGCCCCAGCUCUUGCACCUCGCCACGGAGCGCAUAUGCCACGCACUAGCAAAAGACCAGCAGGGGAGCAGGGCCGUCGCAGCCUGCAGCGAAGUCCUCCAUUCAGACCCUGAGAACGUGAAUGCCCUGAAGGACAGAGCCGAGGCUUACAUCCAAGACGAACAGUAUGAGGAAGCCAUUAAAGACUUCGAGGAGGCCGCAAAACACAGCGAGAACGACCGUCAGAUCAAAGAAGGCCUGGAGAGGGCCCAGCGACUUCUCAAACAGUCCAAGAAGAGGGAUUAUUAUAAGAUCCUGGGAGUAAAGAGAACUGCCCAGAAGAAGGAGAUCAUCAAGGCCUACAGGAAACUGGCACAACAGUGGCACCCCGACAACUUCCAGGAUCCAGAGGAAAAGAAGAAGGCAGAGAAGAAGUUCAUAGACAUCGCUCAGGCCAAAGAGGUUCUCACUGAUCCAGAGAUGAGGACCAAGUUCGACCACGGAGAAGACCCCAUGGACCCCGAGAGCCAGCAGGGUCAUCAUCAACACUUCCACGGGGGGUUCCAGGGCUUCCAGGGCUUUAACCCCUUUGGCUCUGGGCCCUUCAACUUUAAAUUUAACUUCAACUGAGAGAACUUUUCAUCCAGCACAGCUGGAGAGAAUUUUUUAUUCUUUACUCCCUAUUUAAAAGGGAGACCACUGUCAUAAAAAAAGUCAGUUCACAAUUGUCACAGAAUGUGGAGAAAAUCAUGUCUUUAACUGUCCUCAGUGAGAGAUGGGACUUUUUUUUUUCUUUUUUUAAAUA